AUUUCACUGCUUUCAUUUUUUUUUAACGCUGCAAAUAAAGAUAUUUAUACAUUUGAGAGCAACGUAAGAGAUGCAAGUUCUUUACUAUUUUGAAAAAGCCGGCAUAAAAGAGCGAGACUCUAUGUUUUGUCGCUCAAAGGCGUUGUCGUCGCGGUGCUCUGAUACGUGAAUGUACACACGCACACACACCUUUAUAUACAUCACCCAAUUCUCAAAAGAAAUAUCAAUUAUGGCCGCCACAAUAGUAUAGCAGCCCCGAAUAUCGUGUACACAACCGAGAGCAUUUGCACUCGAAUAAAAACACAACAAAAGCAUAAUACUGACGCGAUUCUUUAUUUCCUGAUUUCAGUUCAUUAACUUGACUGUUUUAUCGAAUCUUACGUUAAAUUCUCAUUCGUGAAAUUGAAUCGAACAUAUAGUAGCUUUUCUAACAAUCGUGUGCAACUUAGUGCGAGUCAAUUGUGUAUGAGUGUAUCACGAUUUUACAUGUGCAUACAUAUAAUAAUGUACAUGUGUAUAUAACAAAUGCGAGAGAUAAUGUCUAUCUUCGAGUUCUGUCAAUGGAUGUCUUGUGUAACUCAAUUGUAACGAGAUCGUGAGUUUUCGUGAUGUAUUACCAAGAGUAUACAAUAGAAACUGUAAUACGAAAAAAGAAGUAAAAAUUGAAAGAGCAAGAAAAUUGGUGGAUAUCAAAGCAAAAAACAUUUGGUGCUUUCGCGCGACAGAUUAAAUGGGCUAUAAGGCUUGGUUCAACCACGAAACGUAAAAAUAAUUUACUAUCCUGUACACGUACACGUACAGGUACGUAACACAUAUAUAGACAGUUAAGUAUUUACGGUCGAGAGUGAAACCCAUCGUGUUGUCUGUCACAAUUCAUUCGAUCUGUUCCUCGUCGUUGACUGUUUCCUGGCUUAUCUCGUCGAUUUCUUCAGUGUCAAUAGAAAAUUCGAGUGCCUCAAAUGACGAAUUUUUGUAGCGAUCAUUCGCAAAUUCACGAGUUUUUCUCGUGAGCAUCGACCGUACAAAUAAUAUACUGCCGGAAAUAUCCUUACGGCUGCUCAGAAUUUGAGGAUUCGAGAUUUUUAUUCUGCAUGAAAAUCGAAGACUCGGGGAAACUGGCAGGUUAUCUAGCGACAUGGGUCAUUUGGGCUCUUGUUCAUUUUCUACAUUUUCUAACAUAAAAAAUCUGUUGCUGUAAGGUUCGGUGUACUUUGAACUUUUCUCUAUUUCUUCUGAGAGAACACAAAAACAAAAGGAAAAUGUCGCAACUCAAUAUCAGUCUGGGCAAACGUGGUAGAGGAGUUGCUAGUACUUCGGCAACAGCAGUCUCGGCUUCGAGCAGUUCAACCGACCUUGCCAGUCUUUUUGAAUGUCCCGUCUGCUUUGAAUACGUCUUACCACCGAUUCUACAAUGUCAAAGCGGCCAUUUGGUAUGCAGCAAUUGCAGGCCAAAACUCAGCUGCUGUCCGACUUGUCGCGGCCCUCUCGGAAAUAUACGCAACCUGGCAAUGGAAAAAGUAGCCAGUAACGUAAUGUUCCCUUGCAAAUAUUCUACUAGUGGCUGUACAGUGACAAUGGUCCACAUAGACAAACCUGACCACGAGGAUGCCUGUGAAUUCCGUCCCUACAGCUGUCCCUGUCCUGGUGUUUCUUGCAAAUGGCAGGGAUCUCUUGAAGAAGUAAUGCCUCAUCUCGUUAUGAGUCAUAAAAGUAUUACGACUCUCCAAGGUGAAGACAUAGUAUUCCUUGCUACGGAUAUCAAUCUCCCAGGGGCAGUUGACUGGGUAAUGAUGCAGUCAUGCUUCGGCCACCAUUUCAUGCUUGUCUUGGAAAAGCAAGAAAAAUACGACGGACAUCAACAAUUUUUUGCGAUCGCACAGCUCAUUGGAUCUCGGAAACAAGCAGAGAACUUCGCUUACAGAUUGGAAUUAAAUUCGAAUCGACGACGGCUGACGUGGGAAGCGAUGCCACGUUCAAUUCACGAAGGGGUUUGCGGGGCAAUAUUCGCCUCCGAUUGUCUCGUAUUUGACACUUCGAUUGCGCGACGAUUUGCCGACAAUGGCAAUCUCUCGAUCAACGUCACGAUAUCGAUGGUCUGAGACUCCUUCGAAUUCGAUUGUGCGAGCUAGAAGUGAAUUCACGAUGAUGGUGAGGAGGAGAGGGAAAGAGUCAGGAUCAGUGACUCGCUCACGGUAUAGCGAAAGAGAAUAAAAUACAGCAAAUGUAUUAUUUCACAUCACGUUAAAACAUCACAUUAUGAUAGUCAACCAUUUUCGACGACGUUUUUGCUCAUAUAUAUUUUUUUAAACAAGGCACGCGUUUACGUAACUCAAGCAGGGUGUUCCCAUUUCGUUUUUUCUCUACCACGACCUCAAAUUCGAGCCUUUUUGCGAUGCAACCUCGUAAUGAUCCGAUCGGAGUAAAAUUUCAUUUUUUAGUUUUAAUUUGGGAAUAAAAAGAUGGCUAAUAAAAUUAUCCAAGCAUCUCGACGUAAGCCCCUCUUUUUUGUGAUAUUGAAAUAAAUUUUUGAAUAAUUGGAGGAACCGAAAAAAUGUAACUUUAAGUCAAAAACUCAUCAUGGGUCAUGAAAUUUCGAUAAUUCACGUCACACUAACUUUUGCACGGUGACCGUACAUUUAUAUUCCGUGUGAAUGAGUCACGUGCGAUAGUCAUGGGACCCAACGAAAUCCUAAUAUACCGAAGAAAAAAUACAGAGCUUUGCGAAAAUAAUCGAUUUAGGAUCAUUGUUCUACGAUCAGAAGCGUGCCUGAAUAGGCCUCCUUGCCACGGAAAGUGUUAUUUCAUAUUCUCAUCGAAGAUGUAUAAACAAAAGAAAUCGCUUUUAAAUGAUGGAAAUAAAGCUUUGAUCGAUUAGACUCCUAUCGAUGGGCAGUAAAAUUAUAUUCUGCCAAAGAGUCGAUUGAGAAGUGAUUUGAAAACAAAAAAUGAAAUGAAAUGAAAGAAAUAUAAAAUUGAAUUAAAUAAUUAGACUGAAUUGUAGGCUAUUCCAAUGGAAGAAGUAGAAAUGAAGAAAGUCAAGUAUGUUUUACAUAUACGUUCACAGUGAAAAAUAUUCGUUCGUGAAAAUUACAGUAAUGGAAAUUCACAGAAAGUGUCGGCUGUUAUGGUUCCGGUGAAAUAUUUCAAAUUUUGCCAACAUCGAUCUCUGAUAAGAAUAAUUUUUUUUAAGUUAAUAAAGUAUAGUGAUAACAAAGAUAUUCUUGCAAAUACGAUCAAUAUUCUGAUUUUUUCAACCGUUAGAUUUGUUUUGUUGAGAACCACGCCGAAUGGAUUGAAAAGAGCACGAGCUCUUUUAUUCGUUUUUCUUUGAUUUUGUUAUUAAACAUAUUUUUAGUUUACCAUAACAAUCACAAAGUGAUUUCGACAAUUUCGAUGAGGAAUUUGAUACUUCGAAAAAUGGAUGUAAGAAAAAAUACAUCAUUAUAUUCAGAAUUCAGACUUAUUAAUUCGUAAUAUUGAAUCUUCGUAGGAUUUCUCAUAUCGCUAAAUACCAAAAAUUCUGAUACUCUUCAUUUUGCACUGAGAAUAUAUAUGUGGAAACAUGCUUUGAAAUGCUGCUACUUACAACUGCACUCUGUGAAAACAAAUCUUAAGUAGCUCGACAAGUGUUUAAUCGACUGAAUUAUUCAGUAAUUCUCGUACCUUCAAUUAAUAGUUUUUGUUUGUGUUCUGUUUUUUCUCUGUCGCCCUUAUGCCAGCAUCAAAUGGAACAACAGACUUGUGAAAACACAAAUUUUUGUGCCUGAUUACUACAACGCGUUACUCGGUCGAUUUUGGUGUGUGAUAAAUUUAGAUUUAGCGUGUGUAAAGAAUAAUGCAUCCAUGCUGGACAGGAAAAAUAUUUCAAAGCACGCGUGCCUCUCUUACAAAAUAUUAAACAAGAAAAACAUGUAAUAGUUAUCAGAAUUGCCUCCUUCAUGCUGUGAAUUCUUGCAAAAAUGAAAGGUCCAUUACACUUUGUUCUCAUGAACAUUUUAUCAACGAUAGUUUCUCUAAAUGCGUCUUUAACAAUUUUUCUCUUAUCAACGAACACGUGAUUUAACUUUUUUUUUCAAGCGGCAAAAACAUAAUGAAUUCAUCGAUCUAUGGAUUUUGUAUAAGUAGACGCUAAGAUUCUCAGGAUCCGAACCACGUACGUAAUAUAAAGAUUUCCAAGAGAUUCGAGAUAAAAAAACGUUAACAAACUUAUAACAAAGAACAAAAUAUUAAAGCGUCCGUACAUUAAUUGAGUGCGUUUAGUUUAUAAAUAAGAAAUAAAUUUAAAAAUCAAUGUAAAUAGUAUCGAGCAUUUGCGACGGUAGGAUCGCGCCUAGUUUUAGUCUCUACAGCUUCAUAAUUAAUUUAUUAACUGAAAAUAAGGAAAGUCAUAAAAGUGACCACAGAUGUAACACGAUUAUUUCUCUUUUGUUUGUCAAAUUAAAACUCUACGAUUACUGUGUUAAGUAUAAUCAAUAAAUAGAUUGAUAGAAAUAAAUUCCUUCCACAUUUUAUAAAGAAAAAAGUUGAAAAAGUGGUUCGUUCACAUUGAAAAACAUAAAGUUUUGUGUCUAUGAUUCUUCCUCAUCUUCUAAACCAACAAAUUAUAAAUUACUGAAAAUAUUUUGAUAAUUAGAUCUACCUGACUUGACAUCAAAUAUUUUUUUGAUGAGUAAAAUUUUGUUAAAUUGUCAAACUUGUGUAACUGAUCUAUCUCGGACAACCUUAAUUUACAGUUUUUAAAGAUUCUGAUAAUUGGGAGAAUUUUAUUGGGACCAGCAUCAGUAACUUCCAUUAUAUACAUUUUUGUGCAUUCACAUUGACCUAUGAAUAAAUUGUACAACGUUAAUUCAUUAAUUCAACAGGACGUACGAAAAAGUAACAAAAUAAUUCACCAAAUUUAAUGAGGUUGUCGUUUAUUAGACAAAGCUAAACAAUUUAUCCAGUGAGUCUUGUUCGUCGAUACGCAUAUGUAUUAAUCUGUUGAUAUAUACUUUUAAACACGAAAAAAAAAACAAAAAUAAAUAUAACUUUACUCUCCUCA